UCGACCCAAACAAGAGAGAGAGAUGAUGAACGGUGAAACCUUUCUAUUCUGGGUUCCAACUCCAACCACCUCCUUCUCGAUCUACAUCUCCCUCAUCGCUCCCAAUCCAAUCCUUCAUCUCGAUUCCUUCCCCCGAUACCCCUACUUAACCCUAAACCCUCUUCUCCGGCGGCUCCCUCAACCGGGAAUUCGCAGGUAGUUCACACAUCCAGCUAAUGCAAUUGUUCGGCCACAAUGGGCUGCGUGGCUUCAAAAAAGCCGGAGCCAUUGACGCCGGUGGAGUCCUCUGGGGUCUCCGGCAAUCUUGAGGUGUCCGGUGGGAUUUUGAAUUCGGCAUUGUGGAAUAGGAUUGAAGUUGAUCGGAGCGAAUCCGAGGAAUCAGGGAAGGUUAGCUCGAAUGGCACUGAUUCGCAGAGUUUUAAGUUGGGGAAUUUCAACAAACAUGUUGACGGCGAGCUGGUGGCGGCGGGUUGGCCGUCUUGGUUGAGUGCGGUUGCUAGGGAAGCGAUUCAGGGGUGGGUUCCGCUUAAACCUGAGGCCUAUGAGAAAUUGGAGAAGAUUGGUCAGGGAACCUAUAGUAGUGUGUUUAAAGCACGUGAACUUGAAACUGGAAGGUUCGUUGCUCUGAAGAAGAUCAGGUUCGACAAUUUUGAACCAGAGAGUGUCAGAUUUAUGGCACGAGAGAUAUUCAUCAUGCGCAGACUUAACCAUCGUAAUAUCAUGAAGCUGGAUGGUUUGAUCACUUCCAGAUCAUCAUGCAGUAUAUAUCUCGUAUUUGAAUAUAUGGAGCAUGAUCUUGCAGGACUAUCUUCUUCUCCUGAAAUCACUUUCAGUGAAUCACAGGUGAAGUGCUACAUGCAGCAGCUAUUGUCUGGCCUUGAACAUUGCCACUCGCGUAGCAUUAUUCAUAGGGAUAUCAAGUGUGCAAAUCUUCUUGUCAACAACGAGGGAAUUCUAAAAAUUGCUGAUUUUGGCUUAUCAAACUUCUUUAAUCCUUCUAGUAGACAACAACUUACUAGCCGUGUUGUAACUCUUUGGUAUCGUCCUCCUGAACUCCUAUUGGGUGCAACGGAAUAUGAACCAACAGUUGAUUUGUGGAGUGUAGGUUGUGUAUUUGCGGAGCUCUUUCUCAAAAAACCUGUCUUGCAAGGAAUGACUGAGGUUGAGCAAAUACAUAAGAUAUUUAAGCUCUGCGGCUCACCUUCAGAUGAAUAUUGGAGGAAAUCCAGGUUGGCUCAUGAGACACUUUUUAAACCUCAACAAACUUAUCCAAGUUGCCUUCAAGAGACAUUUAGAUUUUUACCCGAAAAUGCGUAUAAAUUGCUGGAAACUUUUCUAUCCAUUGAGCCUCAAAAAAGGGGCACAGCCACAUCUGCUCUUUCAUCUGAGUAUUUUAGAACAAUGCCUUAUGCAUGUGACCCAUCUAGUUUGCCCAAAUAUUCCCCUAAUAAGGAGAUUGAUGCAAAAAAUCGUGAGGAAUCACUCAAGAUCAAGUUGAGUGGUUCUCCAGAACCGUUGGAAAUUGUAAGAAGACAUCCAAGAACAAUCAAAUCACAAAAGUCAAGUGUAUCGAGUAAAUUAUCACGCUUGGAGGAGCCAUGGCUCAAGGCUGAAAACACGCAGAAAAAUGCGGGACGACAAAAUUUGGCUAAAGUGAACGACGAAGCUGGACUAUUUGUAGAUAUGCUGCAGAAAGAAUUUGUUCUUUCUGCAGACAAUCGCUUUUCGGCUCCCCUGUCCUUGGAGGCUUCUAUCGGGUUUGUAUGCACGAAGAAACAGGCUUCUGUUAGAUCUCAUAGUAAAUCCAAUUCGAAAUGUGAUAUUCCAAGAGUGCCGGAUUCAUCAAAUGUUCUCAAAUCAAAAAAUAAUCUUGAUAUUAUUGCAAAAGGAGAGGAGGGAUGCUGCAAAUUCUCUAAAGUAGAGAAGCCUUGUGAGAUUGAAAGGAACUUAAUGGUGCACCAAUGGGUGCAACUUGGGCAUCCAGAACUAGACAAUCAUUCUCAUAAUUCAACCGAUAUGAGUUGCAAUAUGCAUGGAAUUUCUUCCAAGCCCUCUAAUAUGGGUUAUAAGAAGUCAGAUGACCGGGUUGAGUUCUCAGCGCCGCUAUUGUAUCAAUCACACAAGUUAGAUGAACUCUUGGAAAGGCAUGAACAGAGAAUACGCCAAGCGGUUCGUCGAACAUGGCUUCCAAAUGAUAAAGUUUUCUAAAGCAUUAUUAGCCUGAAGAUUUCAACUAUGAUCUGCUGGGACAAAGCAUGGAGGCUGACAAUUUCUACAUUUUUUUCUACAUAUUUGCCCAUUUGUUUGUCUUAAAGACAAUAUAUAUUUUAGAAAGCAAUUAUUUUGCUUUCAUUAAUAUUAUUUGUGAAAAUGAUACAUUAGAGUGGGUUUUAGCGCAUAAAACUCAUGUUGAUUUGUUAUUGCAUCCACAACAUGUUAUAAAAACUGGCAAAUUUUAUCAUUUGUUUAA